AUGCAGAUCGGCACUGUGAAGUUGCUGGAAAUCCGCUGAAGAUCAAAAGCACCAGAAAACCACUGUCAUGUAUCAUUGGGUAUUUAGAGGUUCAUCCUGCAGUGAAACCUAAUGUAAUCAGGUCAACACCAAGCCUUCAAAGUCCAAGUGCAAAACGACUGCUUGCACCAUCUAAUCACUCUUCAUUAAGUAUAUUGGGAAAAAGAAACUACACUCAUCAUAAUGGCCUUGAUGAAUCCUCCAGCCAUACCACAAGAACAAUAAUGCAUGCUGCUCCCCACGUUCAUAUGACCAACGGUAAGGCCUUGCAAGCCAGUGCAAGUGCCUUUAAGGCAAGCACGAUUCCAGUGAUCAAGAGACAGAGGCAAAACUGGCUCGAUGCUUCAGAUGAUGGUUUCUUUAUAGCUACAGAAGAGACCAGUGCUGAAGCAGUUAGAAACCUUCUCACGAAAAAUUCGUAAGAAGUUCACCAGAUUGCAACUGAAAAGAGCUUCCAGAACACCUUGUACUACAAUUAUUGCGAAGACAAAGUCUCUCACGAACAAUAGGCAGGCACAAAUAGAGCCUGGAACUAUCAUGCACUGAAGAUUACAGCGACAGCACCAUAAUUGUGUCCGAAUCAUGUGUAAUUGUGAAUGCAGAUACAACAGGACCUUCCACAAGUAGAUGAAAGACGGAAACACUGCAAGGCCAGACUGUGGCUGGGUUUUGUGUUCUGGGCAGAAUCCAACAGCAGCCCUUGUGUCUCCCCAUCUCCACAAGGGCUACUUCUGGUUAGCUGGGCUAGCUGAUCUCCAGUUGUCCUCCUGUUCUUCCCAUCAGCAGUCAUUAGAGUUGGCUGGUCAAGGAGGGACAG